AUGCGGAAAGCAAAAUCUAAGUACUUUUGUGAUAAAAUCCAGGCAAGCUCUCAAAUGGGAGACAGUAAAAGCGGAUGGGCUUGGAUAAAUUCGCUCUUAGGAAGAAAGCAUAAGAAUGCAAAUGUUAAUGAGCUGAAAGUAAAUGAUGAUAUUAUUUCUGAUGAUAAAUCUAUUACUGAAACAUUAAAUGAAUAUUUUAUAAAUAUUGGAAUGAAGAUGGCUGCUGAAUCAGCAUGUCAAAGCACUGACGCUUUAAAUGAUCAAGUAAUUUAUGAAAGUACUGUGCUUCUUCCUAAAGAAAAUUUUCACUUCGCAGAUAUUACUAUAGAUAGUGUUUCCAAACGCCUACAAAAACUAAAUGUCUCAAAAGCGACAGGUAUGGAUGGAAUACCUGCGAAUAUUUUAAAACUGACAUCAACCCUUAUUGCUCCAUCUAUAACUUUUAUAUUUAACCUAUCGAUUAGAACUGGUAUUUAUAUAGAUGAGUGGAAAUUAGCUAGAGUUAUACCAAUUUGCAAAUCUGAGGAUAAGCGUAAAUGCGAAAAUUAUAGACCAAUUUCAAUUCUUCCCAUAAUAAGUAAAAUAUUUGAAGGGGAAGUUUUUACUCAAAUAUAUAGCUUUUUGAAUAAACAUGCGCUUCUGUCUAAAUUUCAAUCCGGUUUUAGACCAAAACAUGGAACCUUAGGUGCUCUUAUACAAAUGUGUGAUCAAUGGCUACAAGACAUGGAUGAAGGCAAAAUAAAUGGAGUUGUUUUUCUUGAUAUAUGUAAAGCAUUUGACUCGGUGAAUCACGAGAUAUUAUUGGAGAAGCUUGAAACCCAGUUUGGAAUUCACGACAUUGAAUUAAAAUGGUUCCAAUCAUACUUAAGGAAUAGAAAGCAAGUGUGUUCUGUUAAUGAUCAAACUUCUUCUGCAAGAACAAUAAUAUGCGGAAUUCCGCAAGGAUCCAUACUUGGUCCAUUAUUGUUUUUGCUAUAUAUUAAUGAUAUGCCUGACAUUUUAGAAAGGACAAUCCCAUGUCUUUAUGCCGACGACACUCAUACAUCUUCCUCUUCGCAUGAUUACGAUACAUUGAUUGACAAUUUGAAUAUGGACCUUUCCAGUAUUCAUAAAUGGCUUGCUAAAAACAAACUAAAAUAUCAUAGGAAAAAAACAAAAGUCAUGUUUAUUGGAUCUACGCAUAAUCUAAAUAAUAAAAUAGGAAAUAGACCAGUUGAGAUUAACAAAAUCCCAGUCCCACAAACCAAUACAUUUCAAUGUCUAGGUGUAAGUCUAGAUGAAAAAUUAAGUUGGGAGAAACAUAUUGAUUCUGUAUGCCAUAAGAUUAGCGCUGGAAUAGGAGCAAUUAAAAGAAUAAAACCUUAUGUUCCACACAAAACCUUACAUGAUGUCUACAAAACAUUAAUUCAGCCUCAUUUUGAUUACUGUUCUCCCCUGUGGGAUAACUGUGGUUUGGGACUUCAAGACAAAUUGCAAAAAUUCCAAAAUCGAGCAGCAAGGGUGAUUACCAGAGCUGACUACGAUGUAAGAUCGUCUGAAGUCCUAAACAAAUUAGGCUGGGAAACCCUGGCUAGGAGACGAGAACAAAACAAGCUAGUAUUGAUGUAUAAAGUCUUGGGGAACCACACUGCGCCAAACCUUAAAGAUCUUUUUUCUCAGAGAAAUGCAUCGCAGAAUAUUUAUGAUUUACGCAAUAGCGAAAAUGAUCUCUCGUUAAAAAAACCGAAAACGGAAUUUCUAAAGAAAACAUUUGGAUACAGUGGAGCAAUUCUAUGGAAUAGUCUCCCGCAAGAUGUCAAGGCGGCUGAGUCAAUUACGUCAUUUAAAACAAUGACGAAAUUGCAUUUAAGCAGAUGAUAAGCUCCAGGACCAAAUGAUGGGAGGACAAUUGCAAUAUAGAUUGUAGGCGGGAGGGGGGUUAGUUUUGCGUGAGGGUGGGUGGGUACUUGUUUAGGGGGUGGAGGUUUGGGAGGAAGAUGAUAAAAUUUUAGGGUGGGAUUCUUACAUAUUUUGUUCUAUAUAUAAUUAACAUUUAGCUCUUUGUGUGUAUACGCCCUUCGUGGAAACCAGUUGUAAAUAAUUGUCGAAGUUAGCGUAUUGAAAUAAAGUUUUACAUACAUACAUAAAGGCAGAGCAAUGGAUUCAAAAUCACAGUCGCCGGCAUCCGACGUUUAUUGUAAAUCGAAUUGCGGAGAUUCAAGAUGACUGUGACCCAUCUGAAUGGCGACACGUCCCUGGACGUCUAAACAUAGCGGACGUUGGUAGCUGCGGCCUCUGCCUUGCAAACCUUGAUCCAGAAUGCCGUUGGUUAAACGGGCCGGCCUUUCUGACACUACCAGCAGAAUUUUUGCCUGCAGACGUCGUCGUGCCUCAAGACGUUAGUCUGGCGACUGAAGUGACUAAUUCUUCCUGUGUCAGUGACGUCUUGAAAUACAGUCCCUUGAAUUCAACACAUUUCUAAUCAUGGCAUAAGCAGUUACGCCUAACUUGUUGGAUCUUGCAAUACACGAGUAACUGUUCCAAGAAAUCUCAAGAACGUGAAUUUGGCGCUCUAACCGUGACGGAAUACGCGAAUGCAAAACAGUUCUGGAUAAACGAGCUCAAAUGGAACGUUUUCCACUCGAAGCGCAUGGUUUUAAGGAGAAAAAAUCAAUCCCACGUCAGAGUCGUAUCCUAACCUUGUCUCCAUUUAUGGACAACGAGGGUAUAAUUUGUGCUGGUGGUUGUCUCUUGAAGGCACCCAUCCCUUGUUCCGCCCGACACCCUGUCAUACUCCCCGAGAAGGACGAUGUGACACGAAUUAUUAUCACAGAUUACCAUGAGCGUUUACGCCCCGAAGAAAAUGAGCAUGUCCGCAACGUCAUCCGGCAAGAGUACUGA